AUGCCAUCUAUUGUCGAUGUCAUACUCGUUUCUCUCGUCCUCUGUCUUAUCCUAACCCUUUUCACUGGUGGCGAUGACCACCGCGAGCCACGAUCACACCGACAGCAGCAGCGUCCCCCUGUGGAUGUGCGGCGACCGGAGUACAAGCAGGAUCCUCCAGCUCAGCAACGCCCUCAACCACCAAGACGACCUUCGGGUCCUCCACGGCGUUCUUUGGAAGGUCAAACAGAACGCCAGAACCAACUCAACCAAGCAGACCCGCACUAUACAAGUCUACGCGAUCGUGCGCGACAAGAAGGCGACGCCAUGGCGCGUGCAUUCCAAGACAGCCGCGCUGCGUACGACUCAGGUGAACGCGGUCGGGCAAAGGAGUUGUCGAAUGAGGGUCAGGCGCAUAAAGCUGAGAUGGGACGUCUAAACCGCGAGGCCAGCGAAUGGAUCUUCCGCGAGAACAACAAAACCUGUUUGCCGGGGGAAAUCGACCUACAUGGACUGUUCGUCAAGGAAGCUAUCGAGUUCUCCGACAAGGGCAUUGAGGAUGCGCAGCGUAGAGGCGAAUCGGAACUGAGGCUCAUCGUUGGUAAGGGAAAUCACUCGUUCGACGGACAAGCAAAGAUCAAGCCGGCGAUUGAGGAGCUCAUGCGCAAGUACAAACUUACUGCCGCCCUGGAUCCCGAUAACGCCGGAGUACUCAUCGUACAACUGAAGCGCGGUGGUGCCGUUGACCGUGCACGCAAGCGCGGGGCGCCCGUCCUGGGCGCAGGCGACAUUUCCCGCAAGCUGGAUUCGCGAGACGACGGUUGCAUUAUUGUAUGA